AUGAACAAGAAAAAGUCCAAUCAAACGACAAAAUGGGGAACUGCUUGCGCCCAAUGUGCUGCAGCCAAAGCAAAGUGCUCUCGAACGUCCGAGACACGAGGGUCCAAGUGUGACAGAUGCGAGGGGUUGCUCAAGACCUGUACGAAACGAAUACAGGGACCCAGGAAGCAGAGACAGUCAAGGACAACAAGGUUUGCAUCUUCUUCCCUCUACGUUGACACCGACGGCUCCCUUUCACCUCCUUCCACUACAUCAACCACAGAUUUCACAUCAACAUCAAUCGGCAACCUCGUUGCGGACAUAUCUCUGCAACAGGCCCCGUUAAGAAGCGCGACCUCAUCACCCUUACUCUCUAUAACCCUCUUCCCACCUCCCGCUCCUGGGACAUCCGUAUGCUCCCCAUCAAGUCCUACUGCAGAUGAAGACGCUGUGCAAACGUUCCUGACCAAAAUCCAACCAAGUUUCCCGUUUAUAUUAGUUCCAAAUAACGUGGAUAGUCAAGCGUUGGCAGUGGAGAGGCCGGUGCUCAUGUCAGCGAUCCGCCUUGCGGCUGCCACCACUUUCACUGCCACGACAAACGUGUCAGAGUCAACGCUACUAAGUCAGGUAUAUCAGUUUGUCAACCAUGUCUCGAGCAUGGUGAUGCUGAGGGGAGAGAGCACCCUAGAGAUUCUGAUGGCAGCUGUGAUGGUGCUUGGACGGUGGAGAUGGUGGUGUGAACAGCAUAGAGGAGGGUUUGACAGUCUGUUAGGGAUAGCGAAAGGGUUGGUCAAGGACUUGGGACUCAACCGCAACCCGAGGCAGACCCAAGAGAAAGAGGAGAGGGUAACUGAUAUUGAGAAGAGAUUAUUACUCGGAGUAUGGUAUUUACGGUCAUGCUCUCACCAACAGCCUUCACGCCUUACAUGUUCCAAUGCCUCAAAGAUCUGGAAGUGUCGAGCCAGCCUUCCGACCAAGUGCUCGUUCAAGCCGUCAAAGUCCAACAUCUUGAGGAGAGAAUACAAAAACUGA